AUGGAUUUGCUAAGGCGCUUGGCGUCGGAGAUGGGAGUGAUCAUCAUCACGAGCGCGCACCAACUGUCCAGUCGCGUGUUUAACAGUUUCGACCAGGUGAUCCUGAUAACAAUGGGGCAGACAGCCUACUUCGGGCCUGCGGUGGGCGGCCUCGACCACUUCGCUAGCUUGGGGCACAAACCAGACGGCCUCGUCAACCCUGCCGACUACCUGCUGGAGAUCACGAACUCCGACUUCAGCGACGCCAAGGCCGUGCAGCGGCUGGCAGACGCUUGGAAAAACUCAUCGGCGUGCAAAACGCUCCACAGUCGUCUCCAUAGUCCGCUUCCGCCUUCCCUGGAAGCGAAGCCCGAGGCGGAGUGGAUGUCCAACCUCCGGCAGCUUCGUGCGCUGAUCGCGAGGGCGGCCAUGAGCAGUGUCAGGGAUCCUGCCGCUUAUGCCCUGAGGUACUACAAGGUGGAAAACACUCAAGAGGACAUUCUCAACCGAAAUGGGCAGUACGGCGUGGCGAUGUUCUGCAUCGCCAACGCCAUGGUCCAAGCCCCGUUCGUGCUGCUAAUCGCCGUCUGCUGCUGCACGCCCGUGUAUUGGACUACCGACAUGAACGACGACCCAACAAGGUGUUCCGGUGAUUGA